AUGAGUUUGUGGUAUAUCCUUGUUGCAAUCGUCUUCUUUGCAUCUUUACUCAUUGCAAAGAAGAAGACAAGAAACACAAACAAGAAUCUACCUCCUGGACCACCAAGGCUUCCUAUAAUUGGCAACUUGCACCAAUUGGGAUCGCAUCCUCAUCGUUCCAUGUUCAAAUUAUCCAAGAAAUACGGUCCUUUAAUGUCCCUGAAGUUCGGAAAUGUAUCUACUGUUGUGGCAUCAACACCAGAGACAGUGAUGGAUGUCUUGAAAACAUUCGACGUGGAAUGUUGUUCAAGACCUUACAUGACUUAUCCWGCAAGAAUUACAUACAAUUUAAACGAUCUUGUCUUUUCUCCUUACYGCAAAUACUGGAGGGAAGUWKGAAAGAUGACGGUUGUUGAACUCUACACCGCGAAAAGGGUACAAUCGUUUCGGCAUGUAAGAGAAGAAGAAGUUGCCUCGUUUGUCGAUUUCAUCAAGGAAUCUACUUCAUUGGGAAAUCAAGUUAACUUCAACCAGAAAUUCUUGAAACUCUCUGGAAGUGUGAUUUGUAGAGUUGGGUUUGGUUUACGUCUUAAAGGGAGUAAACUUGAGAYUACUUAUGAUGAAGUCAUUGUACAAACUGUGGAGGUGUUGGGGAGUUUCGGAGCAGCGGAUUACUUCCCGGUUUUCGGCAGAUUCAUCGAUAGGAUCACGGGGUUACAUCAUAAAUGUGAAAAGGUUUUUAAAGCAAUUGAUUCGUUUUUCGAUCAAGCUAUAAAUCAUCAUCUAGAAGAUGAGAGUAUUAAGGAUGAUAUCAUUGCCUUGCUUCUCAAGAUGGAAAGAGGAGAAACUGGACUUGGAGYGUAUCAACUUACAAGAAACCACACCAAAGGAAUUCUUCUGAAUGUUCUUGCUGCUGGAAUAGACACUUCUGCACAAACCGUGACAUGGGUGAUGGCACAUUUGAUUAAACAUCCAAGAGUUAUGAAGAAAGUGCAAGCAGAGGUUAGAGAAGUGAUCAAAGACAAAGACCAUAUCACAGAGGAAGACAUAGAGCGACUCGAGUAUCUGAAAAUGGUGAUCAAAGAAACGUUUAGGAUAACACCUCUUGUGCCACUUCUAAUUCCAAGAGAGGCUUCAAAAGAUGUAAAGAUUGGAGGUUAUGACAUUCCAAAGAAAACAUGGAUCCAUGUCAACAUUUGGGCUGUUCAUAUGAAUCCAAGCGUUUGGAAAGAUCCUGAAGCCUUUAUCCCGGAAAGGUUUAUGGAUAAUGAGAUCGACUAUAAGGGUUUAAACUUUGAGCUGUUGCCGUUUGGUAGCGGAAGGAGAAUGUGCCCAGGUAUGGGUAUGGGUAUGGCUUUGGUACAUUUGGCACUUAUCAAUCUUCUUUACCGUUUCGAUUGGAAGCUUCCGGAAGGAAUGAAUGUAGAAGAUGUUGAUCUUGAAGAAUCAUAUGGACUUGUUUGUCCUAAAAAAGUUCCACUUCAACUUAUUCCGGUCCUUACCCAAUGGACUUGA